AAUUAAGUUGCUAGUGCCGCGUUAAAAGUUGGUUGAAUUUUAAUUAAAGUGUAAAUUUAUGUAUUGAAUACAGUAAAUAAAUGAUUUAUUAAGAGUAAAAAAGAGCUGUUAAAAAAAAAAUGUUCCAUGUACGGUUUGAAAAACAAUAAAGAAUUCAAUUAUUGUUUUGUAUACAAAAUUAACAACACGUCACAGAUAUUCCAAAUUGUAGCCGCAAGCAACAACAAUAAACAUAAACAAGUCACAAGAGAGGGAAACAAAAAAGAAAUAGUACUGCGUGGCAUUUUUGUAUAGUUGUUGUUGUAGUUGCUGUUGUUAUCAGAUUGUGUUGGCAUUUUGAAAAAAGUCAAUCGUUCACAAUCGUCAGUCAGAAAUAAGCAAGUGAACGAGUGAGUGGUGUUGCUGGGCAACAAACGACGAGCGGCGCAACUUAAGUGAAAUUUUUUAAGCGUUUUCAUUUGGCAGAUAUUAUUUGAGCUCACAUUUCUUUAAACACACAUACCAAGUGCAAUAAUGGCCAUUAAACCUGGUUUGGGUCGCAAGACUGGCAGCAAGAAUCCACCAAUCUUAAGUCAUGAGUUUGUAAUACAGAAUCAUGCCGACAUUAUUUCAUGCAUAACUAUGAUUUUUGUGGUUGGCCUAAUGGACGAGACCACUUCACCAUUCGCUAGUGCCUUUAUAUCCCUUAAUCAUAAUGUUACCGGUGAGAUCCCUACUCGGGAAAAUCCACUUGGCAAACCCUUCACUUAUAUGGCUGGCAUUAAGGACUAUUGUACAGUAUUCUUUUACACUUUAACUUGUAUUAUUAUGCAUGCAGUCCUGCAGGAAUUUGUGUUGGAUAAAAUCUCCAAGAAGUUGCACUUGUCCAAAUUCAAAUUGGGAAUGCUUAAUGAAUCAGGUCAACUAAUCGCUUUCUAUUUGCUGGCAUUUUUCUGGGGCGCAAAUGUUGUACUCAAUGAGGGCUACUUCUUUAAAUUGUCUUUGCUAUGGGACGAUUUUCCUAAUCAUUCCAUGACGUUCCUUCACAAAUUCUUUUUUGUUAUCCUAAUGGCAUACUAUCUCCACAUGUUGCCUGAGUUAUAUUUCCAGAAAGUGAAGAAAGAAGAUCAGCAACCAAAAAUUAUACAUUCAAUCAGUGGUUUCUCUGUUAUCUGUUUAGCAUAUACACUCAAUUUCCAACGAGUUGCUUUGGUGUUGCUUACACUACACUACUUGGGUGAGAUAGUGGCUCAUGCUUUCCAACUCAUUAGUGUCUUUGAUCGCAAUGAGAAAUACACCAAAUUCAGUAUCAUCAAUAGCGCCGUUUUUGUCUUUGUACGUUUCGCCACAUUGGUGCUUGGAGUUUUGACUUUAUACUACGGCAUUGCUAAUACAGACUUUAAAGUACGUGCCUUCCUUGCUUUGGUUGGAUUGAUGGUGCUGCAGGGUUAUCUCUUCUUCUCGUUCAUCACUGAACAAUUACGUAUUAAGCGUGAAUCGAAACGUGAAGCAAACAAAUUGGCAUCACAGGUUAAAAAGUCCAAAGCAGCAAAGGAAAAGGCUAAGCGUAAGAAGGAGAGUGAUUUGCCUGAAGCUGACCAACCACCAAGACCAGUCAAACCAAAAGUCAAAUAGAUUUCUCGUUUUUUUUCACUUUUCAAGUACAUGUACUUGUGUACAUGGUUUAAUUAAAGGCGUUCUUCCAGCGAAUCAUAUUCGGUUUUUUGAAAUAAUUAAUUUAAUUAUUAUUUAUUUGUUAGAAAUCACAAUAAUUAAAAAUGAAAUAAAC